UCCGUUCCGCCUGAAGCGCGCAGGAGCGGAGCCGGGGCCCGCCGCCCUCCUCCUCCAUGAGGCCCGAGUGAAGCGCAGCGGCAAGAGCCGGCCUGCGCUGCCUUCCCCCGCGGCCUCUUCCGAGCGCAGCGGCAGCGGCUCCGGAAGGAGGAGGAGCAUGUCGGACGGUUUCGAUCGGGCCCCAGGUGCUGGUCGGGGCCGGAGCCGGGGCCUGGGCCGCGGAGGGGGCGGGCCUGAGGGCGGCAGUUUCCCGAACGGAACCGGGCCUGCAGAGCGGCCGCGCCAGCAGCCGCCGCCGCAGCCCAAAGCCCCGGGCUUCCUGCAGCCGCCGCCGCUGCGCCAGCCCAGGACGGCUCCGCCGCUUGGGGCCCAGUGCGAGGGCCCCGCCGGCCCCCAGCGGCCUCCCCGGCCCGGGGCGCUCCCAGAACAAGCGAGGCCCCUGAGAGCUCCACCUAGUUCACAGGAUAAAAUCCCACAGCAGAAUUCAGAGUCAGCAAUGGCCAAACCCCAGGUGGUUGUAGCUCCUGUGUUAAUGUCCAAGCUGUCUGUGAACGCCCCAGAAUUUUACCCAUCAGGUUAUUCUUCUAAUUAUACAGAAUCCUAUGAGGAUGGUUGUGAGGAUUAUCCUACUCUAUCAGAAUAUGUUCAGGACUUUUUGAAUCAUCUUACAUCGCAGCCUGGCAGUUUUGAAACUGAAAUCGAACAGUUUGCAGAGACCCUGAAUAGCUGGGUUACAACGGAUGAUGCUUUGCAAGACCUUGUGGAACUUGUCUAUCAACAGGCCACGUCUAUCCCAAACUUCUCUUACAUGGGAGCUCGCCUGUGUAACUACCUGUCUCAUCAUCUGACAAUUAACCCACAGAGUGGCAACUUCCGCCAGUUGCUACUUAAAAGAUGUCGGACUGAAUAUGAAGCUAGAGAUGAAGCUGCAAAAGGUGAUGAAGCAACUCGAAAACGAUUUCAUGCAUUUGUACUCUUCCUGGGAGAACUUUAUCUUAACCUGGAGAUCAAGGGAACAAAUGGACAGCUUACAAGAGCAGAUAUUCUUCAGGUUGGUCUUCGGGAAUUGCUGAAUGCCCUCUUUUCCAACCCUGUGGAUGACAACUUAAUUUGUGCAGUAAAAUUACUGAAAUUGACAGGGUCAGUUUUGGAAGAUGCCUGGAAGGAAAAAGGAAAGACUGAUAUGGAAGAAAUUAUUCAGAGAAUUGAAAAUGUUGUCCUAGAUGCAAAUUGCAGCAGAGAUGUGAAACAGAUGCUCCUGAAGCUUGUAGAACUCCGGUCAAGUAACUGGGGUAGAGUCCAUGCAACCUCUACAUACAGAGAAGCAACACCUGAAAAUGAUCCUAACUAUUUUAUGAAUGAACCAACAUUUUAUACAUCUGAUGGUGUUCCUUUUACUGCAGCUGAUCCAGAUUACCAAGAGAAAUAUCAAGAGUUACUUGAAAGAGAAGACUUUUUUCCAGAUUAUGAAGAAAAUGGAACAGAUUUAUCAGGAGCUGGUGAUCCAUACCUGGAUGAUAUUGAUGAUGAGAUGGACCCAGAAAUAGAAGAAGCUUAUGAAAAGUUUUGUUUAGAAUCAGAGCGUAAGCGAAAACAGUAAAUUUCAGCCUAUCAGUUUUCUAAAGCAGUUUAGGUAUGAUGAUCUAGCAGAACCCAGGAAAGCAAGAAAAUGCGUCACACUUAUACCAAAUUAAGGAUGUUGAGUUAUGUUAUUAAUGUAUGCAACUUUAAUUUUAACACUAUCUGCCAAAAUAAACUUUAUUCCCUAUAACUUAAAAUGUGUAUAUAUAUAUAAUAGUUUAUUAUGUACAGUUAAUUCCACUGUUUUGGCUGCAAUAAAAUCAAUUUUGAAAUAAAUGAAA